AUGCGAAUAGGAACGUGGAAUGUGAGAAGUCUGUAUGAAGGAAAGCUUAAAGUAGUAUGUGAUGAGAUUGAAAGAUUAAAUAUUCAGAUCUUAGGAAUUUGUGAACAUCGUUGGAGUGGCAAGGGACAUUUUAUCAAUGAAUAUGGAAGCUUUUUCGUAUAUUCUGGUAGAGAUGUAAGAGGCCAGAGCGGAGUGGCAUUUUGUUUAGAUAAAACAACAGCAAAAGCUAUUAUGGGAUAUAAUCCAGUUAGUGAUAGAAUCCUAACUAUCAGACUUAAAGGCCGUCCAAAAAACAUAACUUUCAUGCAGGUAUAUGCACCAACUUCAACAGCAGAGGAGGGCGAAAUUGAAGAUUUUUAUGCCAUACUGCAAGACACAUUAAAUAAAAUUGAUCAGAAUGAUAUAAUAAUAAUAAUGGGAGAUUUUAAUGCUAAAGUAGGUACAGGCAGAGAUGAAAACGAGAGACACGUUUUAGGAAAAUUUGGAUUGGGUAAUAGAAAUGAAACAGGAGAAAAAUUGAUUGAAUUUUGCAUAGAAAAUGAAUUAACAAUAGCUAACACACUUUAUAAACAACACCCUAGAAGGCUUUUCACAUGGACAUCCCCUGACGGUGUUACCAAAAAUCAGAUAGAUUACAUUUUAAUACAAAGAAGAUGGAGAUCGAGCAUAACAUCUGCAAAAACCCUGCGAAGUGCAGAUUGCGAUACAGAUCAUCAGUUACUAGAAGCAGAUCUAAAAUUAAAACUCAAAAAGCUUACCCGAGGACCAAGGCCAUUUCGAUUUGAUCUCACAAAAAUACCAGAUGCAUACAACGUAGAAGUGAAGAACCGUUUUGAGGUCUUGAUGUCUGUACAAGAGGAAAUGACACCUGAUGAACUGGCGGUACAAGCUAGGGAUAUCUUGAUAACAGCAGCUAAAGACUUAAUACCCACCAGGACUAAGCAACAUAAACCAUGGAUCACACCAUACACGUUAGAACUAAUAAAACAACGAAGAGAACUGAAAAAGAAAGGAGAAACCAAUGAUAGUAGGAUGAAGUAUAAAUUUUUUACACGAGAAAUAAGAAAGUACACAAGAAAGGAUAAAAAUCAGUAUGUACAAGAUUGCUGUAUUAAAAUAGAGCAGCAUCACAAAAAUGGAAGAGAUUACGAAAUGUUCAAGGAAAUGAAGUUAUUGACAAGAAAUUUUCAACCUCAGUUAAAUGUUAUUUGUGACAGGUUGGGAAAUACUUUAACAGAAUCUAGACAAAUUCUAGGAAGAUGGCAGGAAUACUGCAGCGGAAUGUAUGAUAUGAAUGACAGUGAGGAUAUGAAUGAUAUACAUGAACCAGUAACAGUAGAGGCAGAACCUGAACCUUCAUUAGAUGAAAUUUCAUGGGCAAUAAGGAGCCUGAAAAAUGGUAAAUCACCUGGAUGUGAUGAGAUACCAGCUGAAUUGAUUAAAGCGGGAGGAGAAGAAAGCAUAAAAAUCUAUCAUGCAUUAUGUGAAAAGAUAUGGAAAUAUGGUAUUUGGCCAAAAGACUGGAAGAGAACUAUCUUCAUUCCAAUACCAAAAAAGGGUGACCUGAAAUUAUGUACAAACUAUCGAACUAUUGCCCUGAUCAGUCAUGCAAGUAAAAUUCUACUAAAAAUUAUAAUGAGAAAGACUGCAAAAGAAAAUGGAAGAAGAGAUUAA